UCGCUACGCAAGUCUGUCUGAGUCCACGGCUGUUUUUAUUAGUCUUCAGUUGGGCGCCUUCAACAAUCUAGUAGCAAUGUGCACGUAAACAGAAAAGUGUCGACAGGACGUUUCGCUGAAGCCGCUGUCGACUGUUGUGUGCGCGUACAGUGCGCUGUCGUUAAGGAGCUCGCGUCAUGCGCGCGCCAGUGUGCGGUGCGUUCAGCUGUCACAACUGAAACUAGUACAUGCAAGCAGUCGCAACACUGGGAAUACUUCUUAACACUACUUAACGUGUCAUUUUUUUCUCCGGGUUGUCCAUUGGAUUACUAGUGGCGAGCAGUAGAGGUAACUGUCAAAAUCGGAUGUCGUAAUUACGGUUUAUCAAAUGAUCCAGGUAUGGCGACUAAAAGAUACCAAAGUUGCUGCGAAGGGACAAAUGCAGAAAACAAAUGGGCACAGAUGCCAAACACCGUGGACUAUAUCUGCCCUGCAGAUGAGAGUUUGACAAACAGUGAUGUGCUCAUGGAUAUUGUUAACUCGAGCAAUACCCCUAACGUGCCAUCUAUCUGCAAGGACAACAACUUUAAGAAUACAGAGGCAACAAUGAUUAGAGUUAACCAGAAUCAACAAUUACCUUUCCCUACCUUCAACAACUGCUUCAACAACCGCAAGCCGGAAACAGACUCAAAGGAGCUUUCCAAAACAGUUGCGGAGUCAAUGGGCUUGUACAUGAAUGCUGCCAGAGAGGCAGACUUUGGCUUUUCCCAACAAGGUGCUGCAGGAGGGCAGGGUAGCCCAGGGAAACUGUAUCCUCUUUGUGGUAGAACAAAUGAAGAGAGCCAGGGCAAAACAAGUGGGAGCCCAAAGAUGAAAGCUUCCCCACCUUCAUUCCCAACUGGGGCCCAACUACCCAGUGGUGGACCUCAGGAGUGUGCUGUGGUCUCUGAUUCAGUUCCCUCUGCUCUGGCCACUGCUCUUUCGUCCAGCACUGAUGGGUCUGGUCCCAUGUCUAGUCCUACCGGACACAACAUGGUAUCGUCCACUACCAGCCCAACUUACUUUGACUCUGAUUGUCCGACGCUAGAUUCUGCAACCACCAGCUUGACCCAUUGUCAACACACCAGCCCUAACAUUUGCAGCCCAGUAAAGUCCAGCAUUGUGGGGUCACCUCCACUACCUAGUCCCCUCAGUGUAAUGAAGUCUCCAGUUUCCAGUCCUCAUAGUAUAGGCAGCGUGAGGUCACCGCUUUCUUGUAACACCAACAUGAGAUCAUCCGUCUCAAGCCCAACAAAUGGAGGCAAUACUUGUAAUAUUAAACCAUCCAUUUCCAGUCCGCCCACUGCUGGCAGCAUGUCCAUGUCCAGUCCCAGGAACUCAUCCAGGGGCUUCUCAGUCUCCAGCCCACCCAGUGGAUUGGGCCUAGUGCAAAAUGAUGUCAACAGCCCUGAGAGCCGAGAGCACGACUUCAAGGGAUUCGAGUUCCCGAAGGUAGAGAAUGUGGAUGGGGAGAUUUUUAACAUCGGCUUGGAUGCUAUGGGAGUGGCUAAAUAUAUCAAAAAUGAACCUGGCACUGAUUUCAGGAGUAUGUGCCUAGGCAGCAGCAAGAGCGCAAUGUCAAAUUCUCCUUUUGUAACUCACAUUAAGACCGAGCCAAACAGAGAGGUGACUUGCUCGAACCUCCAGUUUGUUGAACCGCAGCACUCUCUGGGCUGCUUUCCUUCGACAGAGACCACAUACUUGUCUUUGAGGGAUAAUAUAGACGAAUAUAGUCUUUCUGGGAUCUUGGGACCUCCUGUUUCGUCUCUGAAUGGCAACUAUGAACCUGGUGUGUUUCCUAACAAUGGCCUGCCCAAGGGGAUUAAACAGGAAACCAAUGAUGGCAGCUAUUACCAAGAGAAUAAUAAUGUGCCCACUUCGGCUAUUGUUGGCGUUAAUUCAGGUGGACAUUCAUUUCAUUACCAGAUUGGAGCGCAAGGAACAAUGUCGUUUUCACGCCACAAUUUGAGGGACCAGACAAACCCCUUGUUGAAUCUAAUUUCUCCAGUUACUGGAUUAAUGGAGACGUGGAAAACUCGCCCAGGCCUGUCACAGGGGCCCCUCUCUGCUAGAGGGGACGGCUAUCCAGGCGCAGUCUGCCUUACAGAAAACAUGGAAAGUGCAUCACUGAGACACACGUCUUCGACAGCCAAAGUGUGUCUGGUGUGUGGAGACGAGGCGUCAGGAUGUCACUACGGGGUUGUUACAUGUGGAAGCUGCAAAGUUUUCUUCAAAAGAGCGGUAGAAGGUCAACAUAACUACCUUUGUGCUGGGAGGAAUGACUGCAUCAUUGACAAGAUUCGGCGGAAAAACUGUCCGGCCUGCAGAGUACGCAAGUGUCUACAAGCAGGGAUGAAUCUUGGGGCACGGAAGUCGAAGAAGUUGGGGAAAAUAAAGAGCAUUAGUGAAGAUUCUUCACUGCAGAGCUCAAAGGAUGGCCCGUUUUUGACAUCCGAAAAGGAGUUGAGUUCCUCCACCGCUCUCGUCCCACACACCCCGACGGUCGCACCGUAUCUGACGCCGUCCGUCUGCAGCGUUCUGGAGCUCAUAGAGCCAGAAGUGGUGUUCGCUGGCUAUGAUAACACACAACCCGACACAACAGACCACCUGCUCACCAGCCUCAACCAGCUUGCCGGAAAACAGAUGAUCCGAGUGGUCAAGUGGGCCAAAGUACUUCCAGGUUUCCGCAGUCUACCCAUUGAGGACCAAAUCACACUGAUCCAGUAUUCCUGGAUGUGUCUCUCCUCCUUCUCCCUCAGCUGGAGAUCCUACAAACACACCAACGCCCAAAUGCUCUACUUCGCCCCGGAUCUAGUCUUCAACGAGGAGCGAAUGCAGCAGUCUGCCAUGUAUGAUCUGUGUGUGGGGAUGCGGCAGGUGAGCCAGGAGUUUGUUCGUCUUCAGCUCACAUAUGAGGAAUAUCUGGCCAUGAAGGUUCUGCUGCUGCUCAGCACAGUGCCCAAAGAUGGUCUGAAGAACCAAGGGGCAUUUGAGGAGAUGCGGGUGAAUUACAUUAAGGAGCUCCGCCGCUCUGUUGGGAAAGCCACUAACAAUUCUGGCCAAACAUGGCAGCGCUUCUUCCAGCUCACCAAACUUCUGGACGCCACGCAUGAUCUUGUUCGGAGCCUGUUGGACUUUUGUUUCUACACUUUCCGUGAAUCCCAGGCUCUGAAGGUUGAGUUUCCCGAGAUGCUGGUGGAAAUUAUCAGCGACCAGAUACCAAAGGUGGAGUCGGGACAAACACACACCCUCUACUUUCAUAAGAAAUGACUGAAAACUCACGAAAGUAGGGGAAAACGAAGGAUCAAAUGAGAGGAAAAGCAGAGGACACACAGCCCUCGGAGAGCGAACAAGAGCAAGCCCGCUAUGCACAAAGCAAGGCGUAAUAUGAGGCUUGGUUUAAAGCCAUAUAAGGCUUGUGUAGUGAGGGAAGGCAAAGAGAGAUCUCUGUACCCGGCCAACGGAGAAGAACUCAAAUUUCACGUGACAGUGCGUCCCUUACCCCCAAAGACAAUGCUGACAAUGUUCUAUAUGGAUAUGAAGCCAUAUUCUUUGGUAAAGCUAUAGUGCACAGUCACAUGUGAAUACAUCACACACAGAGAAAUAUGGGCCCACGUCUUAGACAUAUCCUUGACCUGCCAAUCUGCCAGUAAAUACCAUUGCAUUCUUAUGUAACAGUAAAAAAAAUCAGCGCUUGUAAAAUUCAAGGCGAGAUUCAGUAAUAAAAACUUCUCUUUAUUGCUGAUUGAGACAAAUAUGUCCAUAACUGUAUCACUUUUAUGAAAAGUUGAUUCGUCUGGCUUGUUUGGUAAGUAACGAGAGAGACUCUAAGGGCUACAAUAUGUUUAAUAAUGCUGAAUUGUGGCUAUUUAUUUCAUCUGCAAAAAUGGCAUCAAUGCAUAUUUUGAUGACUUGAAGUGUUUACAUAGUGAGUACUGGUCAUGCUGAUGAUUGAUAAGCUGAAUGGAAUGGCAGCUCAACAAGAAUGCUAUUGGAAAAGACUGAGAAAAAGUCUUAGGGUUAUGUAUUUAACCUGGCUCCCUGAUGGGAAGGAGAUGCUGUGUAAUGGUGUUGGUGCUAUGGGAACACUUUCUAUGUGAUGAUGUCUAAGGCACGUGUGUCUAGAACCCCAAUCUUGAUUAGCUAUGGUGGUCAAUAAAAGGGUGACUUGAUUUAGCAUGUACAGCGCAUGCUGGAGGGGGACAUGGAAGAACAAGCGGGACCCCCUGAUGGCAACUAAAUUUAUAUUUCUGCUCUUUUAAAUCUGCCAAACCCUCAAAAAGCAUGCUAACCUGGACUUAUGUACUGUACAUUCACACAAUGGCUUCCAGCGUAUAGUGUUAGAGGGGGCAAGAAAGUAAGGAAGUAGGAUUUACAGCAAGGAUGGGCAACUUGAGUUGUAGAGGACUGAUGUUCUACAGCAGGGGUGUGCAAACUCGGUCCUGGAGGGCCGGUGUCCUGCAUAUUUUAGUUCCAACCCCAAUCAAACACACCUGAACUAGCUAAUUAAGCUCUUUCUAGGUAUGCCAGAAACUUCAGCAAGGAGCGUUGAAGGAAGCUGGAGCUAAACUAUGUAGUACCGACCCUCCAGGAGUUUGGACACCCCUGUUCAACAGAGUUUUGCUCAAACACUAAUCAGACAAACCUGAACAAGCUAAUCAAUGUCUUCAAGAUGAUUAGAAAGCUAUAGGCAGGUGUGUUUGAUUAGGGUUGGAGCUAAACUCUGCAGGACAGUGGCCCUCCAGGUCCAAAGUUGCCCUUCCCUAAUGUACAGCAGUCACUUUCCUCUCUUUCAACAUUCUUAAUUCCUACUGGCAGAACACGCACAUACUUAUCUUGUGGUUUAUAGAAGAAGCAUUUUGAUAAUACCGCCAGUAUUGAAUAUACCGUAAAGAGCGACAAAUCGAUACUUCUGUAAAGUCAGUCCACUCAGCUACUCUGUCAGCAACUUUACUCUUCCCUACAUCAGUGAAUAUUACACAACAAGUAAGAGGGUUUUAUGUUUAAGUCUCUACCUAGUGCUCCUUCAUCCUCUCUUCAAACUCCUAGGGAUGUUUGGUAAUGCAGCCAACGUAUACACUGCAACCUGUAGGCUUAAAAUGCUUGAGGCUGGCAACAAAAGUGAGGGUGGAAUUCAGUCUAUUCUUGCCCUGCAGUGUGCCCAUUUCUCAGUCUGUCAUCUACGUACAUGAACAGUAGAAGGAUCUUAAGGCUUAGGCUGCUUGAAUCUACAGAUGGAAAAUAACCUCCCUGUGAUCCUCCCUGGAUUUUCUGUGUGCACGCCAUGUCCCUCCCCAAAACUUUGAAGAGGAGAAGCAUGGGCGGCUGAAUGACUAGGACCAGUUGCAUAGUUGAGACUCUGUACUAAUUUCUCCUCCUUGAUUCCCAAGAGGUUCAUUGACAGAUGCUGCUCUAUGGUCCAACCUGGUGCCAUAGCAGCAUCCUUGGGACUCCCUCUGGAGACAGUUGCUUGACAUGGGGAAGAAUAAUUCACACUACCAGUGAACUACACUACAUAAAUUAUUUACAAGAAGGGGUCACACACUACAAGACCUGACAACAACUUGGUCACCAAACAACUCUGUUCAGCCCUGAAACCGCAGCUAAUUAAAUUUUCUGGGUACAGCCUUCAGAAAAAGAACACUAUUGGGUAAAAACAUCAUCAUUUCUGUUGAGCACAUGAACACAGUGGCAAUUGAACCCAUGACUUGCUCACUCAUUGGCUGUAGCUCAUCACUACAAUCUGACCCCACUUGGUAUUGGUCAUCUGUGAGGUGUCGGUGACCUGUAAGCAAGCCUCAUUGAUGCAUUAUACAGUUCACAAAUAAAGACUGCGGAGCCUGAUUAAUUGCUGAUUACCCACGAUCACAUCCCGGUCUGUUGUCAAGCUCGUUAUAUCGCAAAUCAGUCCUAAAUCGGACUUAAAGUCCUGUAGUGUGAACAAGGCAUUAAGAUACCCUAAGAGAUCAGCCUGGGGAGCCUGUAACAUUGCUGUUGUGUUAGAACCUCACCACUAUGGCAUGCCAAUGCAUAAGCCUUGCCCACUAGGAGCAGCAAGAACCUUCAAAAGAGAUGCCAUGCUAAGAGAAGAGAUAGCUUACAAGCAUCUCUUCUACCAGGGGUAUAUUUCCAUUUCCACAGCGUUCCCUACCAUUCAAAUAAGUAGAACUGUUUGGGGCUACUAUGCUCUUAAGGAUGCAUAGUUUCUGUGGGGCCAGAAACUGGUCAUUAAGUCUCACUGGACAGAUCUUCUUUCUGUCUGUCUUCCAGUUUAGACUUGGGUCUAGCUGUGGCAUGGGUCAUAACCUCAACCAGGAGGAACUUCCAUCACAUAGAGUCCUUCAGAGUUGGAAAGGACUAAUAACCCGCUCUGAACUGGAUUGGAAGAGGCUGGAUUCAACCUGAGAGCUUCAGAUCUAGAGGGUGAAGUUUAAGAAAGGGAUAUACUCACCUCAAACUCUUCUGCCAGCUUAACCUGUGAUCCCCAAGAUCAAAGUUGUCAUGCCGUCUCAACAUCUCUUCAUUCAGCCAGGCGAGCACAGUUUCAUCACCGCAGUGCAAUCACAGUUUGAGUAGCCAGCUCCCUUGAGAGCUGAUAGAGCAUGCUUUGCUCCAAAACAAACACAAAAUGUGUGAAUCAUCCGCCAUUAUGAAGUGGGAAUAUUAUAGGGGAACAGAUUCCUGUAAACAAUAAAGCUGAUGACUUUUUGCUUUGACGUACUUUUAUAGCAUGGUAACAUACAAGUGAUGUCAUCUGACUGCUCUAGCCAAUCAGGAUUUGUGUGUGAAAUGUGCCUCAGGCACCUUUCACACUAAAGGUGUUCCCAUAGUGUUAACAUCAUGACACAGGGUCAAAGUUCCGCUGAAAGGGACCUUUUUUAUUUGCAAUGAGGCAAAUUAUGGCUCAUCAUGUACAAAGAAACAAGCUCGCACAGACACAUUUUAUGUGUGAGCUAGGACUGUAGCAGAUUUAGCAAAUUGUACCUAAGCUGUUACUAAACCAGCUCCUUUUUGACGUUAAAGAAAAUACACUACUAAUUUACAGUUUCAGAGGGAAAAAAAGCUUUUUAUAUAUGAUUAUGUUUUUUGCUUCGUUUCAAAGAAUCAAUCCAGCUUGAAGCCAUUUUCUAACAAGGUGCUUCUGUUUUCUUAAUGUAAAAAGUAGACAAUUUUAAGUAGCAGCACAUGUACAGUUAGAUACAGUAUGGGAAAAGCUUUUCUGAAACAAACUGCUUUCAUAUUAGUGAAAACAAUAACAGUAACCGGCUCAUAAACACACAAUAUAUGUGUAUCUUAUAAUUAUAAUUGUUGCUUGUAGGUAAUUUUUUCAGACAUUGUACAUAGGAACUUUUUGAUUUAAAGAACCGUACAAUUAAAACCUGGCUAUUUGGGGAAAUACCCAGUCGACUUGAGAGUACUUGAGUGAAACGUAUCUAAAAAUGGAAUUUGGACCACUGUUUCAUGUUUCAUAACCCCACUGUGCUACUGAUGGAAUCAAAAGAGGUACCACAAGUUCUGAAAUGCUGUGAUUCUGAGGACAAUGAAGGUUUGUGUGUGCUUUUUGUGUGUGUGUUUGUCUGUUUCUUUCUAAAUGACUUAAAGGCACAGGAAGGCUGAUUCACUUUUGAGAGGAUAUUGUUGGCUUUCUUUUUGAUAGGAUUAGUAUGAUCCUGAUUUUGAUUUGCACAGACACACAAAGUGAUAAUUGGGAUAUGUGAUGUUCUGCUAUUGUGUUGGUUAUGUAAAGUUCUUGGGCGGGAAGGGGGGCGGUUGGGUUCAAGUUGGAACGUUAGUGAACUGGAAACGUCCAAGAACUUGUGAUGUUUGCCUUUGUGAUGUAGCUGGUUGGUGGUAAAUGACUAAGGACAAAAAUAAUCACAAUGCUUAUAGUUUAGAUAAAAAUAAAAGAACAAUCACUCUGUGGUACCCAAAUUGCAUUUUACCAACUUGUCAAUACACUGUACAUUGAAUGUUUUGUUUUUUUGACGGACCUAAAAGUAGAUGUUGCGAAGGUAUUUACAGUGUCUCUUUUUUCCAACUUUUCCCUUUUUUUAAAUACACAAUAUAUAUAAACGAAAUGUUAAAAGGUUCAUAGGAUGUAUGUGAAGUAUUUUUGAGAGAUUCUAUUUUGCUGGACACAAUAUAUUAGUAAUUUGUCAACAAAAAAACAAAGAAAAAAGAAUAUAUGAGAUCUUUUGUAAAGUGAAACGUUUAUGCAUGCUUUUUUGAAAAGAUGUUUACAGUGUAUUUAAGAAGGGAAACUUGUGCCUUUUUUUCUCACAAAAGUUACCAUUUUACAGUAUCUAUUGUAAAUAAAUCAGUGAAUUAUUUCGUUGCGUUGUAUGGAACAUUUCUAUAUUAAAUAUUUUCCGGAUGUUGGGACAAAGUUCACACAUUUCCCUCCAAACAGUUUAACGACUGCCUAUAGUUGAACAGAAUUCACGGUAAGACCCCGAGAGCACGACAGAUAUACAUUUAUUUACUUUUCACCGCAGACUUGUUUACUCCCUGAAUGUCACUAACUUCAAACUUGUCAUUUUGCUCUGUAGUAAUGUGAAUUAAUUGUACGUUUUUGUGUUUUUUUCCUCUUCACUUUGCCUAAAAAUCUAACAAACAAAACAACUUAGAGCUCACAUCAGAGGUUAGCUACAUAAUAUAGAAAGAAAAAUGACUUUUGGUUGCCAAAACUUUUUAUCCCAGAUUAUUAUUACGUUCAUCUUCUUGUUGUUUAAUAUUUAAAGAAUACAAACCAAGCAAAUACAUUGACACUGAACUCCUUAUAGUUUUGCACUGUUAGAAAAAGUUUUUUUUUUAUGUUUUGUAAAGGCUUUCACAAGUUAUCGACGUCUUGUGAAUGAGCCAUGCUGUAUAUUAUUAUUAUUUAUACAGUAUAUGAAAAAUAUAUGGAAUUUGUAAAACAGUAUAAAAAAUUUCACCUAAAGACAGAAGUAGAACUGGAAGUCCAACUGAAAUUGAAUUCAGAUGUCCAUCAGCAACAUAAAGGAAUAUAGAUUGCCAAGCUUGCUGCAGCGUGUUUGAAAUUUACGUCACUCCAUCAGCAAAUGAUGAAACUUGAAAUACUGAGAAUUGGUGUGAAUCCACACUUUUGAGAUGCUCGUUCCUUUAGAUUCGACUGUCUUUUUAGAUGUGUUUUUUGGGGGAGUCUUAUAACAUGUAAAACUAUGCAUUUGUACAAAUCACAUUACCACCAAGCAGCACCUUUGUGCAAAAUAAGGGCAAAGCAUGGUCAAGGUAAACAAUGUCAAAACCGAAUAAAAUGCAGCUUACUAGUAUAUACCCACAGAUCAUGUGUUAUGGUGGAACAUUAACACCUGUUUGUUAAUAGAUACUGAUUUCUUUUCUUUAUUUGGGGACAAAUCUGAAUCUCUGUGUGUGCUAUACAUUGUUUCAAGAGACAAAGCCAUAUCUCUUUUGUGACAAAAGAGCAUUUCCUGUUCAUAUUUUGAUUUUCCCUUUUUUAAAAACAUUGCUUUGUACAAUACUUGUUAGCAAAUCUCCUCAGUACGGAAAUAUUCAACAUGAGCAAAAGACAGAUGCAACUAUAGUUCCUCUAAACUGUAUACCUUGAUGCAGAUUUUUUGCCAUAACUGUGUUUGCAGAAACAUCAAGGGAUUCCAAUAAAUCUGUUAACAAUA